AAACGCGUAUUUAUAUAACAACAGUGGCUGAGGGAACGAUAAAGAAGUCGCUUUGCACCAUAUUAAUACUGAUUCGCUUGUUUAAAUCGGGUGCAUGUGUUUUUGUUGUGAGACGGUUUAGUUGUGUGAUUGAUUUUCAAUACUUUAAUAGUGGCAUGCAGUUUUGAUUUCAGACGCAGAUGGCUGGCCAGAAGUUUGCAGAAUAUUUCCUUUACAUUUCCUUAGCAGUAUUACAAGCAGCGGCGCUGCCUUGUGUCGGCCCUUUGGUUGGCCGAACCGAACCACCCUUAACUGGCAAUAGAAAGUAUUUGUUGGAAAUUGAUGGAUCUCCAGAAAAGUAUUUCCCGAACGAAAAGUAUCAGGUGACGCUUAAAGUGAAUAAAUACAUAGAGCCGAUGCCGAAAUUCACGCACUUUCAAAUCUAUCUAGAAUCGAUGCCGCAGAAAAACAAUCUACCAGAAAUUAGCUCCUUAACGGGAAGAUUAACAAUAGGAAGCGACCUUCUAUCCGCUUACAGUCCUUCUUGCGACAACACCGUUUUGCAAGCUGACACGCAGCCCAAACGGGAGAUUAGCUUGACUUGGACUGCUCCUCCGCCCAAUAGCGGAUGCGUCAAAAUCAAAGCCAUAAUCACAGAGUCGAAGGAAAAAUGGUUUGCAGAUGACCAGUCCGUUGAUAAUGGAUAUUUGACGAAAACUUUGUGCGAAAACUUCGACGAAAAUGAAGAUCUUUUGCCGGAAGUGUUGGACUUUUGCUGUGCAUGCGACGAGGCCAAGUACGAGAUGGCGUUUCAAGGGAAUUGGAUUCGGAACAAUCAUCCGAAAGGAUUUCCCGAUUACUACUUUGCUACAAAGUUCAGCGACAUCAUUGGAGCUUCACAUAAGCGUGGACAAGAGUUUUGGAGCGAUGGAAGCGAACCCAAUGCAGGCCUCAAAGAAUUAGCGUCCAACGGCAGCACCAGAGCGCUGGAAUCUGAAUUAAUGGACAAUUCGUCCAAUUUGCGCACGAUCAUCAAGGCCCGAGGACUGGCAUAUCCAAAUAUUAGAGCAUCGUCUUAUGCAAUUUUUCGAGUGGACAACGAAAAUCAUUUAGUGUCCAUGGCCACGAAAAUGAUGCCUUCUCCAGACUGGAUUGUCGGAGUUUCAAGUUUCGAACUAUGUCUAUCGAAUUGCUCCUGGAAACAGUAUCGAUCAGUGAAUUUAUAUCCUCGAGAUGUUGGAAUUGAUGACGCGUUAGACUACAACGGGAACGAACCUUCGAACGAUCCAAACCCCAUCGUCCGAGAAAUAAGUUCGUCGGAUCCCGCCGAUCCAAAGUCGCCUUUCUACGAUGAGUCUGGCGCAAAAAUGAAACCCAUCGCAAUGCUGCACUUCAAAUUGCAAAAAACAUACAAAAAAGAGUGCGACCCUAAUAGCAGACAACAGCCUGAACCCGAAGAACCGGAAUCGGAUAAAGAAAACCCAGAAGAAUCUCAAGCUUCCGUCCAUUUGGGGCAUUCUAGGGAUAACCGAUGCGAAACUACUGGUUGGACCAAGUGGUCGUCCUGUAGUGUUCAAUGUGGAAAAGGCCACGCCACUAGAAACAUUAAAUUCAAGCACAAUCCUCCACCAGGCCAUUGCGUGCAAGGUAUAACCAUUGAAGAAACCCAAGAAUGUGAAUCGCCGUGUGAGUCGGGCGAAGAGGAAAUGCAAAUAUGCCCCAAUUUAAUAUGGGGCCAAUGGGGGGCCUGCAGCGCAAAAUGUGGCAAGGGCACCAAAAGCAGGUACAGAAUGCUGGCUCCAGAUACAGAAGACCAUGAUCCGGAUGAACGGUGCGUUAAUAAGGAAGUGGUUGAAUGUGAGGAGGAUUGUUAAAUAAUAUACAAUAAAAAAAGUGUUUUUUUUA